AUGUCCGAAUUCCCAACCAAUCCUGUCCUCGUCCAAGCCAUAAAGGUCGCUCAACCUUUCACAGGUUCAACUCGCUCAGUCUUUAACUUACGUGAAUUUUUGUUAUCCUUAGAUUUAAAAUUUGGUCUUCAUCAUAUUACUGAUGACUUCCGUAAAAUUUGCAUCUUUGCUGACAAUAUUGGAGGUAAAGCUACACAAUGGUUCCUUAACUUCUCUGCUGAUCAUGAUCUACAUUCCAUUUCCUACUCCACCCUGGUCUCUCAAUUCACUGCCUCCUUUGGUGCACAACUAGAUGUGUACGACAUCAGUCGUAAAAUUUGUUCAUUAAAACCCGACACUAGAAAGGCUGUCGUCUUACAGUCUCCGACAACAUUUCAUAAAGCCACUGAACUGGUUCGCAAAUGUGAGCACUGCUUACUAGAUCCAAUUACGAUUAAUUACUCAGGUGACGUCUCACCUAAUUCUGGUUCCUACCAAUUAGAUAGUGACGGUGAUACUAUUAUGGCUAUUCAUUCUAACAACCGUUACCGUAGAGGUUAUUCUACGCAUUCUACUAACAUUACAUCUUUCAGGAGAGGAAGAUCCCAGAACUCAGCUGAUACCACUUCUUCCAAUAAACGUGAUAAAGAGGACCUUCGUCGAAGUCCUACUUCACUGGUUAGUGAAGAUUUAGUUGCCAAAAACGGAUGGAAACCGUACACUGUCCCACCAUUCAUAUGGAAAGGUGCUAUCGCAGAUCGAACCUCUACUACUACCAAGGCCGUUCAAUGUAAACUUUUAGACAAUAAGACAUCAUACGAAUUCAACGCUUACGUCACUCCAGAAUUACACAAUCAAGUCAUUGUUGGCAAUCCUAUCAUCGAACAUUAUCCAGAACUACUUUCUACAACUAAUAAUAUCACUAAUUUCAAUACUACAACUGACAUUACCAUAGGUGCUAUAGAUCAAAUUUUUGACACAGACGUAGAAGAAAUUUUUUUGGUACAAUUAUCCAAGAAUGAAAAUCCAAUCAACCCCCAUCACCAUGAACUUCCUAUAGAACUUCAGCAAGAAUUUAAAGACACUGUUACCAAUGAAUUACCGCCACAGUCAGGUACUCAUACUUAUAACCAUACGAUCGAAUUAAAGCCUAAUAGUCGUCCUCCUCGAUUACCACCCUAUCGCAUGACCCCGGUACUAGAAAAAGAAUGCAAAAAAAUAAUUCAAGAAUUACUUGAUAAAGGGUUCAUUGUCGAGAGUAAAAGUCCAGUCUCAUCACCAGUAUUAUUAGUAAAGAAAAAAGAUGGUUCCUAUAGACUGGUUGUAGAUUUUAGACAAUUAAAUGAUCUUACCAUUAAAGACCCCUAUCCAUUACCACGAAUUGAUGAUUUAAUGACAAAAAUAGGUGACUGUUCCAUAUUCUCUACACUUGAUCUACAUUCAGGCUAUCAUCAGAUUCCACUAGCGGCAGACUCUGAAGAACUAACUGGGUUUACUACUCCCUUCGGUCAUUAUCAUUACAAGGUUAUGCCAUUUGGUUUAUGUAACGCCCCAGCAACAUUUGCUAGAUACAUGCAACGUAUACUUGGUGAUAUUCCACAUGUUUUCGUUUACUUGGAUGAUAUUUUAAUUGCUAGUAAAGAUUAUGAAAGUCAUAUCCACGAUCUUAGACAAGUUUUAACAAGAUUACGGCAAGAGGGUUUAGUCUGCAAGAAAAACAAAUGUUAUUUUUCCCAAUCUGAGGUACAAUUUUUAGGUCAUACAUUAUCCACUGCUGGUUUUGCUGUUCAACAAGACAAAGUUAAGGCUAUCCAAGAACUUCCUAUGCCUACUACUAUUAAGAGUGCUCAAUCAUUUAUGGGAAUGGUCAAUUAUUAUCGAAAAUUUAUUCCACAUUGCAGUAAGCUGGCCAAACCUCUUUUCGAUUUUAUUUCUAAGAAAUGUCCGUGGUCGAAAGCUCAAGAAGAUACCACGAUCAAAUUGAAAGCUUGUCUCACCUCAGCUCCUGUUCUCGUUCCGUUUGUCCCAGGUGAUAAUUACAGGCUUACCACAGACGCAAGUUAUGCUGCUAUAGGUGGAGUUCUAGAACGUUUAUCAGCUAACGGUAAAUUAUUAGGUGUCAUUGGUUAUUUUUCGAAAACUAUUUCCGAUACUCAAAGUCGUUAUCAUAUUGGUGAACUUGAAUUAUUAGCUAUAGUUGAGUCAUUAAAAUACUUCAGAUACUAUUUACAUGGACAUCGAUUCUUACUGCGGACCGAUCACAGCUCUCUACUAUCCUACCGAAGCAAAAAGGAACCUUCUCAGCGUCUAUCUAGAUGGCUACAGUACUUAGAAGAAUUCGAUUUUGAUAUUGGACAUAUUAAAGGAAAAAACAAUGCUGUUGCCGAUGCUUUAAGUCGCCCUCAAGACGAUUCUGCUAUUAAUGUUUAUCCACUAACCACGUUGUCCUCGAUUAAUCCACAAGAUUGGUAUGAAUCAUUACUCGAAGAUCCAUGGUCUGCUGCCAUUUUAGUUUCCCUAGGCGUUGUUGAUAAGGUCAAUAUUUCAGCCUCUGAUGAUUCACUUUAUAAGAAAUAUCUUAAACGCAUGAAGUUUUCGGCCAAAGCUCAAGAACGCUAUAAAUUUGAUAGUAACAUUCUAUACUAUGAUUCUCGAAUUUGUGUUCCAUCCAAAGAACGAUUUACACUGCUACAGUUAUAUCAUGAUAGUUUUUUACAAGGUGGUCAUUUCGGUGAAACCACUACUAUUAAUAAACUUGCUCCACACUACUACUGGCCUUCCAUGUCGAAAGAAAUUAAGAGUUUUGUUCAAGGAUGUUUACAAUGCCAACUAAUGAAACGGUAUCGUCCAAAAAUUAACGGUAAGUUACGCCCUUUAGAUGUUCCAUCAGGCCGUUGGAUUGAUAUUUCAAUUGACUUUGUUACAGGUAUUCCAACAUCUAAACAAGGUAAUGAUAUGAUUAUGGUUGUUGUCGAUAGAUUCUCCAAACGUGCACAUUUUAUCGCUAUGCAAAAAUGUUAUGGUUCUACCGGUGUUGUCCGUGCUCUUUUUCGCUAUGUCUUCUGUUACCAUGGUUUUCCCAAAACGAUUGUAUCUGAUAGAGAUAUUAGGUUCGCAAGUGGUUAUUAUAAGGAACUCACUGACCGGUUACACAUCAAGCUACUUAAAUCCACCACGAAUCACCCCCAAACAGAUGGUCAAACAGAAAGUGUUAAUAAAACACUCAAUAGAUUAUUACGUACCUUUUGUCACAAUGAUCACACUGUAUGGGAUUUCUUCUUACCACACCUCGAAUUCGUCUACAAUUCAACUCCUCAAUCUGCUAUUGGUGCUGCCCCUUUUGAAAUUGAUAUUGGUUUUAUUCCGAAUGAACCUCUUAUGGAUGUUGGUAAUGACUCUUCAGCCAGAAAUGAUAGUGCAGUUACUCUAACAAAAAAACUUCAAGCCAUUACUUUACGUACCCGUGAUUACCUACAAGAACGGCAAGAAAUGAUGGAAACUCAGGAAAAUCCUCAUAGAAGCUCUCUUACUUUUAAGGUCGGCGAAUACGUCUUAUUAGAUAGAGACAUCUAUUUUAGGGGAGGAAGGUAUUUAAAAGUCCAACCUAUUUUCAUAGGACCGUUUAGAAUUGUGAAGGUUUUUGAUAAUAAUACAGUCGAAGUCGAUUUGCCUUCUUCAUUUAAAAAGAAUAGGGUGAUUAACGUAAAAAAUAUCAAAAGGUUUGUGAAUGACAAAAGACGUUAUCCUAAGGAUUUACCAGCUACCGCCACAGAAAGAAUAAUGAGACUUUCAGAGAUCAUCGCUGUGACUGGUUAUGACAUUGAGUCACAAAUCUACUACUGCAAGAUGCAAGAUGUUAAUCCAGAGUUGAUAUGUGAGUACACCUUAGAUGAAUUUAACAAACAUCCGACUGAUCGUCGCAAUUCACUGCUAUCAAACUUCAGAAAUUUAUCUGAACCUUUGGGAGAGGAAGGUGUUGUAGAUCAACCUUGA